GGCUUUUCGGUUGUUCCGCCUUGGGGUCUGUCCGUGCCGUUCCCGCGGGUGCUGCUGUUAAAACACCGCCAGGAUGUUCGAGGCGCGGCUGGUGCAGGGCUCGGUGCUCAAGCGAGUGCUGGAGGCCCUCAAGGACCUCAUCACCGAGGCCUGCUGGGACCUGGGCUCGGGCGGCAUCAGCCUGCAGAGCAUGGACUCCUCGCACGUCUCGCUGGUGCAGCUCACGCUGCGGUCGGAGGGCUUCGACACGUACCGCUGCGACCGCAACAUCGCCAUGGGCGUCAACCUGUCCAGCAUGUCCAAAAUCCUGAAAUGCGCGGGGAACGAGGACAUCAUCACCCUGCGGGCCGAGGACAACGCCGACACCCUGGCGCUGGUGUUCGAGGCACCCAACCAGGAGAAAGUUUCUGAUUAUGAGAUGAAGCUGAUGGAUCUUGAUGUGGAGCAGCUGGGGAUCCCAGAGCAGGAGUACAGCUGCGUGGUGAAGAUGCCCUCGGCGGAGUUCGCGCGCAUCUGCCGGGACCUGAGCCACAUCGGCGACGCCGUGGUCAUCUCCUGCGCCAAGGACGGCGUCAAGUUCUCGGCCAACGGCGAGCUGGGCAACGGCAACAUCAAACUGUCCCAGACCAGCAACGUGGACAAGGAGGAGGAGGCUGUUACAAUAGAGAUGAACGAGCCGGUGCAGCUGACCUUCGCCCUGAGGUACCUGAACUUCUUCACCAAAGCCACCCCCCUGUCCCCCACGGUCACUCAGCAUGUCUGCAGAUGUUCCUCUGGUUGUGGAGUACAAAAUCGCUGACAUGGGACACCUGAAGUAUUACCUGGCCCCGAAGAUCGAGGACCAGCAGGACGGCUCUUAACUGGAGCAGGACGGGAGGAGAUCUGCUCCAGGCUGAGGCAGCAAUUCCAGAGCCUUGGAACACCCUGGGAGCACUGUAGCUGUGUCUUGUAGAUAGCUUUGUAAAUAUUUUUCAACUUGCUUGUUUUCCUAUCCUGGUGUCACUGGAAAUAGGAAAGCUGAGUUUUUCUAGUCUGUUCCUGUACUCCCACCCACCUCUCAGAUGCUGUUGAAGGUGAAAUUUCUUACUCCUCGCAGCUGCUCUUGGAGAAGAGGGGCGAUAUUUAAUGGGUCAAGAUGUAUCCUGGAGUUUCCCCUGUGGAGCUGUAGCUUAGGGUUGCUGGUUUAUUAUCCCACCAGUUUCUGUGACCUUACUACAUUUAUUUUUGAAGCUGAUACUCUGAAACUCAGAGAAUGGAAAUAAAGGAUAUAAUUUCCAGGG